UAAUACGAAUUGAAUAAUCAAUCAAAAUCAGUAAAAGCUAUAUAUUUAGAAAAAGAAAAAGAAAAAAAGAAAAAUCUUGUCUGCACCACCACCACAACUGAUAGCCUCCUAUAUAUCCCACACCCGAACCACCCACCACACUUUCCUUCAUUUCAUCAAAACCAAACCCUUUUCUCUUUCUCUCCAUAUAUCGCUUUGUCUUUUUCUUUUUUCCCAAUUGGUGCCAACGGAAUCGCAUUUCCAAAUUUCAAAACGAGAGAAACGAUGCAGCGCCCGCAGCUGGAGGUGGAAGAACCUUCCUUUCAUCACGAAAACCCAUCCCCGUCUCCCAGUUUCAGCAGUUACUCCUCGGAGACACUCGCGGAGAUCGCAGCCAGGGUAAUUGAGGAGCUCCGCCGCGACCCUCAUUCCCACGACGACGCGCUCUUUCCGGCGUGGGAAAACGACGACGACAACCACUUCACCGCGCAAAACAACGACUUCUCCGUACAAAACGACGAGUCCACGGCGCAAAACGACGACGAUGACAACAGUUUCGAGUUCGCCUUUGUUUCCCAUGACUUGGCUUCUCCGGUUUCAGCGGACGACAUUUUCUACAACGGCCAGAUCAAGCCCAUGUACCCAAUCUUCGGCGUUCCUUCUCACGACGACCUUUUGAGUGUUCCAAACACUAUUGAUAGUACCGCUACAACUCCAGAGGGGACAGUUAGACGGCGUCGUCUCCCUCUGAGGAAGUUAAUGUUCGAGGAGGGUGAAACGGCGUCGUGCUCGUCGUCAACGGACGAGAGCGUUGACUUGGAGGGGGUGGCGGAAGGCGCGUACUGUGUGUGGACUCCGAACUCCGUCGGAAGGGAACGGAAAAAGAGCAACUCGACGGGGUCUGCAUCGAAACGGUGGAAGCUUCGGGAUUUGCUUCUGAGGAGCCACAGUGAGGGGAAAGAUAAACAACAACAAAAACAGCAGCAAAUGGUAUUUCAGAUUCCGACGAACAAAGUGAAACCUCAGAACGGAACAGUCGGAACGGAGCAUCAUGCGGAAGAGAACAAGAGGAAGUCUUUCUUGCCUUACAGACCAGAAUUGGUUGGACUUUUCACCAAUGUCAAUGGGCUUGGUCGGAAUUUGCGCCCCUUUUGAUUUUUUCAACGCAAUAUUAUUAUUAGUUGUUAAUUAUUAAUCCAUUUAAUAUUUAUAUUCCCUGUUUUAUUGGUACUUGAUGUUCUUCAUCUUUGGUUUGUUUGCAUGAUGUUCUGGUAGUUUUGGGGCGGGUAUAUUUGUAAUUAAAGAGGAUGAGAUUGUUGUAGUGUUUAUUCUUUCUAUGAUGUAUAUUAUGUGGAAAUUAUAAGGUUUU